ACGCCUCCUGAUUGGCCGAGACAGGGCGGAUGCGUUCUGUGAGGCUGGAGAGAAAACUGAGGAUAACUGGGAUCGUUCGGAACCGUUCGGAACCAGGUGAAGAGUCCGGGUGCAAGGGACCAGAAACACAGUCCCUCUCUCUCUCUGUUUCUCUCCAUCUCUCUCUCAGGAUGAUGCGUGUGCUGUGGGCGUGUCUCGCUCUCUGCGUGAUCAGCAGCAGUAAGCCAACAGAGAAGAAGGGUCGAGUUCACGAGGAUGAACCUCUGAGUCACCUGGAGCAUGAUGACAACAAAAAUUUCGACUACGACCACGAAGCGUUUCUGGGUCACGAUGAGGCGAAAACCUUUGAACAGCUCCCACAGGAGGAGAGCAAGCGCCGGCUCGGUAUCAUAGUGAAUCAGAUGGACAGUAACUCGGAUGGUUUUAUUUCGGAGGAGGAGCUGAAGUUUUGGAUAAAAAGCGGUCAGAGGAAACACGUUUCUGAGAGCGUGGAGCGUCAGUGGAAGGAUUUUGACAUCAACGACGACGGCAUGAUCAGCUGGGAGGAGUACAAGAACGUCACCUACGGAACCUACCUGGACGACCCUCAGGCUGAACUAGAGUAUAACUACUCUGCCAUGAUGGCGAGGGAUGAGAGACGGUUCAGAGUCGCCGACACCAACAGAGAUCUGAUCGCCAACAAACUUGAGUUCACUGCCUUCCUCCAUCCUGAAGAACAUGAGCACAUGAAGGACGUUGUGGUGCAGGAAACUAUCGAAGACAUUGACAAGAAUGGAGAUGGUUUCAUCGACCUGGAGGAGUACAUCGGUGACAUGUACACAGCAGAGGACCAGGUGGAGGAUCCGGAGUGGGUGGAGUCAGAGCGUCAGCAGUUUUCUGAGUUUAGAGACAAAAACAAAGACGGAAAAAUGGACAAAGAGGAAACUCUGGACUGGAUUCUCCCGUCUGAUUAUGACCACGCUGAAGCUGAGGCCAAACACCUGAUGAGUGAGUCUGACACCAACAAGGAUGGUAAACUCACCAAAAAGGAGAUCCUUGAUAAGUUUGACGUGUUUGUGGGAAGUCAGGUGACGGACUUUGGGGAGGCGUUACUACGACACGACGAGUUCUAGAGGAGUCGCAGAUUCAUAAUGAAGAAAAUAAAAUAUUUAUCUUUUUUCCAAAGUUAUUUAUUCAUACAAAGUUUUGAAUGAAACUGAACAAAUAAGGAGUUUUGUUAUGUUUUUACAAAACUGUUUCAACUUGUUUGUGUUGUUUGUUUUUUAAUUCAUUUUUUAGUUUUUAUAUUCCUUAUCUUUCGUCCAUUUUGUAUGUUUCUGGUCGAUGACUUCACUAUGCCUCUCAUCUUAUUGGCACGUCACACGUUUUAUCUGCAAAUGCUCUGUUAUAGUUAUGUCAUGUGUGUUUUAUACUGUCACCUGAUGGUUUCUAUGAAAAACACUAAAGGAUAAUGUCUUGAAAUUUCCUGAAUGCUUCAAAGUUUUUAUAUCAGCAUGAAAACAAUGACACUAAUUGUAAUAGACUUUUACACACAGAGAAAGUUAGUGAUUGUAUUUUUCACUUUUAUCACUGUUUAAUAAAAAUAUGAAGUUA